AUGGCACCUGUCCAACCCGGGGCUCUCGUCCUCGUCACCGGUGGCAACGGCUUCAUCGCCGCCCACUGCAUCGCAACCCUCCUACGUUCCGGCCACUCCGUCCGAGCUACAGUACGCUCAACCGAGAAAGCAGAGGCAACUCGCCAAGCAUUAGAAAAAGCCAGUGUCCAGAAUCUUACCUGUCUCGAACUUGUGGUUGUCGAGGACCCGACUGAUCUUCAGGCACUGAGUCCCACGUUGGAAGGUUGUCAGGCUGUAUUGCAUCUGGCAUCGGCUUUCAACUAUGACGCCGUACCUGGAGAGUUUGAAGAGAAGCUCAUGAUUCCUGCUGUGAAGGGUACACAGGUUGUAUGUGAGGCUGCCCAGCAGCAUCCGUCCAUGCGACGGGUUGUCAUCAUGUCCAGCUUUGCUAGUGUGUACGAUGCCAGUCUGGGUUUGCAGCCUGGUCGCGUGUACACGGAGGAGGAUUGGGCGCCGUUGACUUACGAGGAUGGUGUAAAUGCAUCGGCCGUGCCGAUCGCAUACCGCGCGUCCAAGGUCGUUGCCGAACGCACGGCAUGGGAUUAUGUUCGAGAUCACCAAGUUCAGUAUCAAUUGGUGACUUUGUGUCCAGGAAUGGUAUUUGGCAAGAUGAUUCAUCCCAUUUCUUCGCUGGCCCAACUCAAUGCGAGCAACCAGAUUGUCUGGGGUGUGUUGAGCGCUGGACGAGACGGCGAGAUCCCCCCAACAAAGGCGCCGGUUUGGAUCGACGUUGAAGAUCUCGCCGAGACGAGCCUCAAAGCGUUAACAUUCCCCGAGACCAAGCACGAGCGUUUCCUAGUGACGCAAGGAUCUUACGAUACACAGGAAAUUGCGGAUAUUAUUCGAGGACGAUUCUCGGAAAAGCAUAGAGCACCUUUGGGUGAGCCUGGCAAGCGUAUUGCGGAUACUCAUUACUCCUGUGAUUCUUCUAAGGCGCAAAGGGUGCUCGGGGUUAAGUUUCGGGGAUUGGAGGAGUCGAUUGUGCCGUUGGCAGAGCAGUUGUAUGAUAUGGAAACGCGUUAA